UCAACUUUAAUAAUCAGAUAACACUCCAACAAAACGAUCUUUCUUGUUUUCUUCCCCUUUGUCUUUUCCCUUCACCUUUUCUCCAACAGCUGCCACCUCUUCUCCUUUCCCAUCUCCGCUCCAUGAUUCAAGAUUCAUGGAGGAAUCUGAAGUUUUGAUUUUUCGCAAGUGGCCUCAAUUUUCUUGACCUUUUUGUUGCACCGAUUUGGGAUUUUUCUGCGCCCACCAAAGCUGUGACCUUUUCGAGGCUUCUAUGGCAGGAAACUGGGACUCGAGCUACGAGCAGGGGGGGCAGUCAGAUGACAGCCACCAUUUCGACAGAUUACAUCUUGAGCCGAUCUACGACGCAUUCAUAUGCCCCUUGACGAAGCAGGUGAUGCGAGAUCCUGUGACCUUGGAGAACGGGCAGACAUUCGAGAGAGAGGCCAUCGAGAAGUGGUUCAAGGAGUGCCGGGAGAACGGGAGGAAGCUGGUGUGCCCGUUAACGCUGAGGGAGUUGAGAAGCACAGAGCUAAAUCCGAGCAUAGCGUUGAGGAACACGAUUGAGGAAUGGAACGCGAGGAACGAGGCGGCUCAGAUCGACAUGGCUCGUAGAUCCUUAUCCCUGUCGACCCCGGAGAGUGAUAUCAUACUGGCUCUGAAGUUCGUCCAGGACCUCUGCCUGAAAAGCCACUCGAACAAGCAUGUGGUCCGCCACGCGGAGCUGAUACCCAUGAUUGUCGACGUACUGAAGAGCAGCAGCCGGAGGGUCCGGUGCAAGGCUCUGGAAACGAUUCGGAUCGUGGUGGAGGACGACCCUGAUAAUAAGGAUAUAAUGGCAGAGGGCGACACGGUAAGAACGGUGGUGAAGUUCCUGUCGCACGAGCAGUCGAAGGAGAGAGAAGAAGCUGUUGCUCUGCUGUAUGAGCUCUCUAAAUCAGAGAGACUCUGUGAGAAGAUUGGAUCAGUAAAUGGAGCUAUUCUCAUAUUGGUAGGGAUGGCUAGCAGCAACUCGGAAAAUGUCUUGACCGUCGACAGGGCUGAACGGACGCUGGAAAACCUCGCUCAUUGUGAGAACAACGUGCGACAGAUGGCCGAGUGUGGCAGAUUGCAGCCCCUUCUGCACCUGCUACUCGAAGGAUCCGCAGAGACCAAACUGUCGAUGGCAGCAUUGCUCGGUGAGCUGGUGCUGAACAAUGAGGUGAAGGUCUUCGUGGCGAGGACGGCUGGCUUCUCACUGAUCAAUCUGAUGAACAGUAGCGAUGUGAAGUCGAGGGAGGCCGCGUUGAAGGCUUUGAACCAGAUCUCGUCGGAUGACACGAGCGCGAAGGUCCUGAUUGAGGCGGAUAUCCUUCCGCCCCUCGUCAAGGAUCUCUUGACCGUCGGGGCCAAGCAGCUGCCGAUGCGGCUGAAGGAGGUUUCCGCAACGAUUCUUGCGAAUGUAGUGAACUCGGGUUACGAUUUUGACUCGAUCGAGGUUGGGCCGGACCACCAGGUCCUCGUGUCGGAGGAGAUCAUCCAUAACCUCCUCCAUCUCAUCAGCAACACAGGCCCUGCGAUUGGGUGCAAGCUUCUCCAAGUGCUCGUAGGGCUCACCAGCUCGCCCUCCACCGUGUACAGCGUCGUUUCCGCCAUCAAAAGCUCCGGCGCUCUCAUCAGCUUGGUGCAGUUCGUCGAGGCGCCUCAGCGAGAUCUGAGGCUCGCCUCGAUCAAGCUUCUUCAGAACCUCUCACCGCACAUGGGGCCGGAGCUGGCCGACUGCUUGCGCGGCGCCUCGGGACAGCUCGGUAGCCUGAUCCGAGUGACGUCGGAGAAUGUGGCGAUAACGGAGGAGCAGGCUGCGGCGGCCGGGCUAUUAGCCGAUCUCCCGGAGAGAGACGCUGGCCUGACGAGACAGAUGUUAGACGAGGGCGCUUUUGAGCUCUUCAUCUCGAGAAUAACGAGAAUCCGGCAAGGCGAGACCCGAGGGAGCCGGUUCAUGACUCCGUAUCUCGAGGGGAUCGUCAAGGUUCUAUCGAGAAUCACAUUCGCCCUAUCCGAUGAGUCAGGUGCCGCCCGUGCACUUUGCAUUGAGCACAACCUCGCCGCCCUUUUCAUCGACCUCCUUCAAAUGAACGGCCUCGACAACGUGCAGAUGGUGUCCGCAAUGGCCUUGGAAAACCUAUCGCAAGAAUCGAAGAACCUGACGAAGCUGCCGGAGUCCGUCCCUCCGGGCUUCUGCGUCUCGGUCUUCUCUUGCCUGAGCAAGCCUCCGGUCAUCACCGGACUCUGCAAGGUCCACCUCGGCAAGUGCUCGUUGAGAGAGACGUUCUGCCUUUUGGAAGGGCAGGCCGUGGACAAGCUCGUCGCGCUCCUCGACCACACCAAGGAGAACGUGGUGGAGGCAUCGCUCGCGGCUGUAUGCACCUUGUUGGACGACGGAGUGGACAUAGACGAGGGCGUCCAUGCGUUGCUCGAUGCCGAAGGAGUGAAGCCUAUACUCGACGUGCUGCUUGAGAAACGGACGGACAGCCUGAGAAGGAGGGCCGUCUGGGCCGUCGAGAGGUUGCUGAGGAACGAAGAGAUCGCCUACGAAGUGUCGGGCGAUCCCAAUGUCAGCACGGCCCUCGUGGACCUGUUCCAGCACGGAGACUUCCGGACCCGGCAGAUUGCCGAGCGCGCGUUGAAGCACGUGGACAAGAUCCCAAACUUCUCCGGUAUCUUUGCAAACAUCUCUUGAUGAAUUUGGAAUCAAUAUAGUUUGUGAAGAAAGUAUUUAGUUGCAGGUAAAUAACUUUUGUUUUUCUUUUGUAUUGAUUGAACAUUUUUUUCUUCCCAUUUUUGGAAUGUAUCUGUGUUUAUUGCAAUAAUUCCUUGUUGUAUUUUGUUUACUAGUCUUAAUAUAAAGAUUCUGCACUGUUUUCACAA